AUAUACUCGUUAUUUAUUGCGUCGCCACCCUUUGUUAUGGCCGGCGGCCGGCGUCUCACCGUGCGGCGGCCAUCCCGCGAUCAACCGGUUUGCCGCCGACCAAUCGCAGGGCUCGGUUGGCUGACGCAUCUGCGGAGGGGGAGGGUGUCCGAACGCACCCCGGUCGCCUUUAUUAACCCCGUCCGCACCGCCGGUGGUUACCAUUAGCCGUGUACACCUCGGGAGUACAGCAUCUCUCUGCCGCAGCCGCCGUCUAGGAAGAGGAUACACCAUUCCGCACUGGGUUUUUCCUGUUUGUCUUCAUCUGCGCAUCCGUCUGACCAGAUGUCCGAGAUGUCCGACAUAAAAGACUUUGUCAAAUCGUUGAACGGUUGUAAAUCGUUCAAACAUCGACAACAGUUUUUGAACAGAGUGAUCGAUUACAUGGCUGCCGAGAACGCCGACGCGUUUAUGCAGACCUACCGCGAAUUUAAGAAGAGAGAACUGGAAGCCAACGACCCGAACAAAAUCGCCAAAUGGUUGACCACUUCGAACGUAAAAUCGUCGUCAUCCAAAAUGCACGAGGCGUUGAUGUUGGUGAAGGGCUCCAAUAUCUUGGCUCAAGAACAGUACUUGGACAACUUGAAGCGUAUUUUCUCGCACACGCUGUCUUCCGGCGAAAACGUCCAAGAAUCCGUGAAACUUUGUGCCCUCGUCGAGAAGUUAACAUCGUUGGCCAACAUUCAUCAUCCAUUGAAACACCUCAUUCGAGAAGUCAAGCAAAUGAACGAGCGUCGUCUUUGUACUCAACUGCCGCCUCCGCCGCCGCCAAAUGCUUGGCCGCAGUACGGCCGCAGAGAGGUACGAGAACUCGGCCAAAUGAUCAACGGAUGGACUCCUUUUGGUGAACAUUCGACGCCGACUUGGCCGACCGUGUUGCAGCCGGAGAGUUUGACUUUGCCGUAUCCCGUUUCCGGCAACCCUAGUUUUUUCAGUCUGGACUGUUUGGGCGUCGAUACGUCGAAAAUGGCCGCCAAUCCGGAGCCGCUGUUCAAUCCGAACGGCGGCGCUUUGCCGAACCUGACCAUUGUCGAGCAAGACAUGGACGAGGCCGUCUACAAGUGGCUUCAUUAUUUGAAACUGCACAAGUACCAGUGGUUCUUCAACGGCCUCAGCUACUUAGAAAUCGAAUGCAUCAACGAGGACACGAUCGAAUCGUUCAUCGCCAAAGUCAACGAGAAUUCCAUUACCAAGGGCGCUCAGAAGAAGAUCUGCAUAUCGACCAAGGCGCUCCGCGAUCGUCCCAAGAAGCUCAAAGAUUUGAUUUUGGCUUUUGAUCUGGAAGUCACGUCCACCGAGCUGUGCGAGCAUCUGUCGUACAUGCGGGACAUUUUGCACUAUCCGGUGCCGAACAAAAACUGCGUCGUCGGCGACGAACUGCAGAGGGACAUCGUUCACGUGAUGGAGAAAAUCUUGCAUUUGUUGGUGGUCACGUUGCGUGCGAUGAAAACUCUCAACGGCCACAGUUUGGCAGGAACGUCGAUUAACAAAUACCUGGAAUGCUGCAUGUUGAUCUCCGGCAACUCGACGUUCAUGGCCGACCAGGUCGAAAAGAUAACGGUUUUUUCAAAACUGUUGAAAAAUAAAGUCGUCAAUUCGCGAAGAGAUUUCUACGUUUGAUAAAA